UGUGUAAUGAGUGGGGUGUUGUUGGCAGUGUGUGUGUGUGUUGCUCUACUCAAGAGUUUUAUUGGUUCACCCAGAUACCAACACACCUAGUCACCUCAACAUCUCUCUCUCUGCUCUGGUCAGUUAGCUCUUCCCUCCCCUGCUCCCUCCCUCCCUCCCUCCCACUCUCUGUAUUACUAAGAGCUCCCAUUCUUUCCUCUCUCAGACAAACCUCCCUCUAGUAUCUCCCUCCUUCUUUCCCUCUUUCUCUUGGUUGUAAGGAUGUUACUCUGGCAACUCCUCGGUUUGGUGGGCUCCCUCAUGCUCUGCAAAGGCCAGAAGAAUGGUGUAGGUGAACUGUGUGAUGACUUUACAGACCUGGACUUCCAUGAGUGCUUCCUUGGGACCACCCUGAAUGUUAAGCUGCUGCUCUACACCAAGUCUAACCUGCGCUGCGGCAGAGAGGUGAACCACCACCACCUGUCCUACCAGCCACUCUUCAACUUCUCCCUGCCCACGGCCUUCGUCAUCCAUGGCUACCGGCCCACUGGGGCCCCUCCGGUCUGGGUGGAUCACAUCGUCCAGCUGCUGUCUGAGCAGGAGGACAUGAACAUCCUGGUGGUGGACUGGAACAGAGGAGCUGCUAACCUUAACUACUUCACUGCUGUGGCCAACACCCGACAGGCUGCCAACAACCUCACCGGCUUCAUACUCAGCAUGCAGGAGGAGGGAGCGCCUCUGAGUUCAAUCCACCUGAUCGGGGUGAGUCUAGGAGCUCACCUAGCUGGGUUUGUAGGAGCAAAUCUGAAGGGCAAGAUUGGCCGCAUUACAGGUCUGGACCCAGCAGGGCCCAUGUUCACUGGAGCGACUGCUGAGGAGAGACUAGACCCUUCAGAUGCCAUGUUUGUAGACGUACUACACACUGACAUGAACUCGUUUGGUCUCAGAGGUCAACAUGGCCAUAUUGACUACUAUGCCAACGGAGGAUCUGAUCAGCCAGGCUGCCCCAAGACCAUCUUCUCAGGGAAGUCGUAUUUCGUGUGUGACCACCAGCGCUCUGUGUUCCUGUACCUGUGUGCUCUCAACCGGACCUGCAGCCUCACAGGCUACCCUUGCUCCUCCUACAGCGACUUCCUGGAUGGGCGGUGUCUGCAGUGUGAAGCCUUUAAGCCCGCCCCCUGUCCCAUGCUAGGUUACGACAUCAGCAGGUGGAGGGAUACUCUGUUGCGAUUGGGUCAGACCAAGGCCUAUUUCACCACCACUGCCACAUUACCUUAUCAAAAGACCAGCUACAGGGUGGACAUGGUGACAUGGAACCAGUACCUGCGCUGGGGAGUCGUCAUCCUCAGACUACACAGUGGCAGGAACUUCAGUGAGGCACGCAUAGACCGUAAGCGGUUCAAGUUUGAGCAGUACACCUCCACCCGUCUGUUGGUCCAGUUUGAUGAGGACCUGCAGCCCGUCCAGAAGAUAUCCCUCCGCAUCGCAAGCGGCAAUAUGAUAGGCCCUCGCUACAAAAUCAGACUACUCCACAUCCGCCUCACCCCCCUGGAGCAACCCGACAGCCCGCUGAUGUGUCGCUAUGACAUCAUCAUGGAGGAGAAUAUUGAGGUGGCGUUCCGCCCGUUGCCCUGCGACCCUCGCCUCUGAGCCAUCACCGGAGACCGCUCCCCUCACAUACACACAGGGCCUCCAGGGUCUCCCCAGUCACACACGCAGAACCAAAAAGGGGCAGAAAGUUGACCGUGUUCACCCUCACUGCCGUCUUGUCUAGCCAAGCUGCAGGAUCACAGGCUUUGGCAUACCAGGGGUGUCAAACUCAUUCCAUGGGGGGCCUAGUGUCUGCUGUUUAGGUCUUGAAUUCUUACAAAAUCAGUGACCUUAAUUCAAGGGAGGAGCGAAUACCCGCAGACACUCUGCCCUCCGUGGAACAAGUUUGACACGUCAUAGAAGGUGAAGACUAGGUGGAGCCAUCAUUGUUUCUGACUGCUCUCUAGUUCUUUCAGAUGAUUACAGAGGGCCUUCCGAUUGUUCUUUGGGAGGACAACAGAACACUGGUGGACCAUAGACAUUAUUGAAGUCAUUAAUAAUGAUGCUGCUCAGUGGGAUUUAUCUUAUCAUGAGGGUUUUUUGGACUGCUCUCGCUCUCUGCCUUACGAAGGAUGGUCAUGUUGCUAUGACAUUUCUGUAUUUUAAUGCAGACAGAGGCGUUCAUAACCUGCUAUAGCCAGUCAUAAGCUCUUAUAACUUCAGUGUAGCUCCUGGUUUGUGUGGGAGUCAGUAUCUUGUCCAUUUGUAUUGCAACUCUGACAUAACUGAGCAGCUGAAAAGAAAGACUUGAAAUAAUGGAAAUUGAUUAAAAAGUCAAGAUGUUUUUAUUGUGUAAAAGUCUAUGGUACUGUGGUGUAAAGACAUUUUUUAUGGACUUUGUGUUUCUACCUACAUUUGAAAUAAAUGCUGUGUGCGUUUCACUGUGA